AUGGAAAAGCGAAAGUCAGCUUAUCCUAGUGAAGUAGCGCCGACAAAGAAACAUCAUAUACAGGGCAAUGACAAAGAGGGCAAACUAAAACAGCGAUAUGGGAUUGGUGCUCAGCUACUUUCCAAAAUGGGAUAUGUUAGUGGUAAAGGGUUAGGUGCCGAUAGUUCAGGUAUAGUAAAUCCCAUUCAAACUGAGAGUGCGUCAUCCCCAGCUUUCCAGAGAGCUGGUCUAGGUAUGUUGUCAAUGACACAGUCUAUAAAUGAUGACUAUAGUAUAAGUUCCUCUGAUGAAGAUGUGAAAUAUUCUACGCAAGCCAAACCAGUUUCGUUUAAAAAGUCUGAAAAAAUAGAGUCUAUGAGUCUUGAGAAAGGUGGUCGUAAAGAUGUCACCGGACUUUUGAAUGAAUUGGACUUAAACUCAGCAAUCGAUUAUUUUAACUCGGACACCCCUGUCCUGUUAACUUUGAAAGAAAAUAUCAAUGAAAUGGAUGACAACACUUUCUUUCAAAGAAGAAGUAAGCUGAAGUUGAAUUUAACUGAAAUGAGUGGUACGCUAAACAGAUUAAGUCUGUUAGACAAUGAAAUUCCUAUAGUAGAAAACGACAUCUAUAACAUCGAAGAAUAUGUUAAAGUUUUGGAAUUCCUUAAAAGUUCAACGCUAUCUGACUUUUCUGAUUCACUUCAUAUGAUUCUUAAGUUGCCAAACGAUGAUACUGUCGAUAAAUUGAUUGCAAACCAGAUACAUAGAACACUUACACAAGUUGCUUGGGAUCCAUUAGACCCUAGUGGUACUAUCUUAAGUUCAUUGACUGAUAUGUUAGAAAAUUUAAGAUAUAGGUUAGAAACGAAUAAGGGUUUUUUGAAUAGAACACAAACAGUAUUAUACGAACUAGUCUUUACUAAAAUGGAAAACUUUUGGAGUACGAUUGAUUUAUCAAGAGGUCGUGAAAGUUAUGAUACGGUUAUCCAAUAUUUAUUGAAUUAUGAGAGUAUAUUGAAAUAUAUUGGUUGUUAUGAUUUUAUUUUAGAGACUUAUAUUACACCACAGCUAAUUAAAUCCGUCAAAGCUUGGAAUCUUACAGACUCUGUCGAUGAGGAUUCUCCCAGACAUUGGCUAUAUGAGCAAAAUACAAUUGCCUCUGAAAAAAUGAUUUCCGCAGCGAAGCAAUUACUAUUUGAUAAAUUUUAUCAGUACUGCUUGAAUUGGGAUUAUAAAACUUCUACUAUACCGAAUUCUUCUGAUUUAAUAUUUAUAAAGAAUUUUCUAAACGAAGAUGAUAGAAUUAAAAACAACUGUAUUAGGAAUUUUGCUAAAACAUUUUUGAAGGAUUAUUUAGAGAAAUACUAUGAUCCAUUAAUUGAACUUGAAGAAUGGAAUGAUGUAAAAGAGAAUAUUGAUGAAGCUGAUUCCAUAGCAGCUGUUAAAACAUUUCGUUCCUACGUUAACCUAUUUGACGCUUCAGAGUAUGAUCUGCUAUUGAAGUUUAUCUUUAAUGAGCUGAACAAGGUUUUAUUCCAGUGGUUGCUGUAUGCUGAUGAUGAAUCUAAGGGAGCCUCUAUUUUCUGGUUCAAUUGGUUUAUAAAUAGUACAUUUUUAGAUCCGUUACCAAAUGAAAAAGAGAUAUUAGAAAUAAAGAAUACCUUUAAGUUUCUAAAUGAAUGGAAGUUAAGCAAUACUAUUAAUCCAAUACAUAAUGAAGACUUCAAUGUAGAGAGAAGUCUAGAGAACAUUUAUGGAGUUGAUAUGGUGUCAGAUGAUGAUAGAAAGGAACCUAUUUAUAAUAUGACAAAUAUCCCUAUGCGUAGGAUUAGGCCAACCUUUCGUGAGAUAGUUGAGGAAUUUUGUGAAGUACAUGGGUUUUUUAUUAGAAAGAUUUCUAAUAAGUAUGCACAUUUGAAAUAUGGGAAAGAUAGUAGCUUAUUGGUCCCCAUAUUUGAGGUUUCAAAUACAAUUAAUGAUAAAAGGAUGAAUAUUGCAAUGAAAGAUGAUAUACUAUGGGCAGAAAAAGAAGAAGGAAAAUAUCUUCCAACAUUUUUAUACAAAAUGACACAUCUGCUUAUAUGA